AGCUGCAACUUCUGUCAACCCAACAACUGAGGUAACUCACUGAGACUACAAGAAAGAGAGAGAGAGAAAAUGCGUCUGACUCUUCUUGCCUUGGCUCUGGCUACCCUGCUGGUGGCUUCCUCUGCCUAUCCUACUAAGAGGGAGAGGGCCUACUAUCCUCAGCCUGACAUGGCUGAUGGUCAGGCUGAAAGGGCCUACUAUCCUUACCCAGAACCAGCUCGUGUGCAGCAUCCAUCGAUAGUUUAAGGAUAUCGGUUAAUGAUAUUCAUCUGCCUCUCUCUUCAGUGUGUUUGAUUGCUCUAUACAAUUUUUCAUGAAACCCA